AUGGAGUCUUGCAACGACCACGAAUCUCGCGUUGCCGGCUUUGGUCUGGAAGAUGAAAGACGCUGGCAGGACGUUGCACAUGACGUCGACUUGUCGAUUGUGCGCUGUAAACUGGGAUCUAGCACUCUUACGCGUACAUUUGGAACAGUAGAAGGGGAUUUUCGCCGGUUUGUAGACUUUUUCUCGUCCGAGACAUCGGAGCAACUAUUCGCUUGGAACCAGUUCUUUUUCGGUUGUGCAGUUGAUGCUGCUGUGCUCUGCAAUUUAAACGUGGACAACUUGGACAAACAAGCGACCCUCGGUAUCAAAUGGACGUGUAUGCAGCCUUCAAUGCUCAUGCGCAAGCGUGACGAAUGUUUCCUUGAGUACAUUGUGUUCAAGAAGGACGAUCAGGGUCGCGACGCCGCAGCGAUAGUGCGUUUGCCCGUAGAUAUUCCAGAGUGCCCACCACUUCCUAACGAGCUGAAGACUAAUCGCGAGAAGACCACAACAAUUACUCUUGUGCGCGCGUCAGACUCGCACCCGAAUGCGAGUCAGGUGUUCAUGCUGAGCCAGUGUGAAAACAAAGGACUCACGGCUUCCACGAAAUACUGCAAAAAGCUGCUGCGAGCCUUGAAGAACGUAUCUCUCUCCGCAGAUGCCAAGUGUAUUGCAACUGCUAUUAUUACGCCUAGACACAAGGAUCAUGCGCGAGAUGGCGGCGAAUCUCCCGCAGCAGUAGAUUCUAUUCGACCUUGGGUGCCUAGCACAUGUGUUCAACAGAGCUGCACAAGCUGCUCUCAGCCCUUUCGAGGUAGACAUAGACGCCGUCACUGCCAGAUGUGCAGUAAAGCGUGCUGCACGAAGUGCCUUGUUCGUCGAGCUGGCAUCCGACAGCAAAAUAUCACAUCCAGUAAUCGUGUUGCGACGACUAAUCAACGCACAUUCCGUGUGGUACAGUCACUAUUCUGCAAGGUGUGCGUCAGCCGCUCCCGUGAGGAAAAUGUGGAGGCUGUACAAGAGCAGAUCGAGGUUACUCGUCGGUCUCUGGCCUCUUCGAAGUCCUCUACGGUGCUCCAUCAUUCAUCAAGUGGAUCUUCCACACAACCUUCCAUCCUUACUCCGGUGACGCGAGGUUCCCAGUCACAGCAAACUAAUGCAUCUCGCUGGUGGUCUGAUAAUGAGUCGGAUACGUGCAGUUGGCAGUCAGAUUCUGGUCGCCUCAGCUCUAUGUCGCGCAAUUACAGUGUCGCCCCCACUGUGCGUUCAUCAUUUAAUUCUGAGUAUUCACUCUGUAGGAACUCCUUCUUGGCGUUACAGUCUUUAGAAACUCCGCGUAAAGUCGGCGGCGAACGCAUUGACGACCGCGUCAAUGAGCGCUCGAGUAUCUACGAGGUGAUUGACACGAAAGACAUGGUGCCUGAGAAACAGCUUCGCAACGAGCAGUCCGACUCGACGGACUUGGCCGACGAUGACUUCUUCAUCGAGUUAUCCAACACCGUGCGCAAUCGGUACACUUCGACGCCUGUGGCGCCCGCGACCAUGCCGGCGCGUUCACCGACUAAUCGACGCACGCGUAGUACUGACGUUUCUGAUACAUCCGCUACCCCAAAGUCGCUGGACCAGUGCAUUGCGGAGCAGAAUGAGCUCCUGCAGCAAGUGUUGUCCGCCAGCCGUGGAGUGAACCCUGAAAUUCUGGUGCGCAACAAAGCGUCGUCCGUGACCGGGAGCAUUCAUGAAGACGAUGACUAUAGACACGAAGAUAGCGUUUAUGAACUGUGA